AUCACCACUCCCCACUCCCCCUCCCCCAACCCGAAAACCCAACUAUGCUCCCGCGCUUCCGCCUCUCCCACCUCCCGAGGCCCCUCUUCUACCUCCAAUCCCGCACGAUCCAAACCCAACACCAAACAAUCGCAAGGCCACCAAACAUCACCAGCAUGACUACAGCGGACCGGGAUGCGCCGCAGGAAUCGGUCGCCGAGGCAGGGGAGGCCGAGCGUCGCAUGCAGGCCCCGAACCGCGCGACCACGUGGUCUCGAUCACAGCAACCAAGGGAGCUGGGCAUGGUGGGACCCCUGUUCGAGAACACUGAUAUGGAAUUGCAGCCGGCGCCUUACGCUGCUAUCGAGUUGAUCCAUCGGCAGCCCGUGAGGUUUUCGGAGAAGAGAGUUGUUGUUUGUGAUGGUGGGGGUGGGCCUAUGGGUCAUCCGAGGAUUUUUAUAAACGUGGAUAAGCCAGAGAUCGUACCGUGUGGAUAUUGUGGAUUGCCGUUUGCGCAUGUUCAUCAUAGGGAGACACUGGAAGUUCGGGAGACUACGGAUUAUCCACUUUCAUAAGUUGUAGAUUCUUUGGGAUAGAGGUUGUUUUGAGAUCAAUUAAGGUUGAUUGGCUA